AUGCCCAGAAAGUAUACAUCGUCCUCAUCUUCCUCAAUACCACCAGCACCAGCAUCAGCCGCGUCUGAAAGCAGCAGCGUCAGUCGAAUGACCAGCGCGACAUCACGCAGCAAUGUCGGCAGGAGUCGUCACGCCAGCAGAACGCUCAUCCAGCGCGACAGAGGACAAGAUGAUGCGCAAGUGCGAGCUCGGGGCGGAAUCGGGAUGGAUGCGGUGGAUGAAGGCCAGCCGACGCAGGCACAUUCGUCGUCGACUGACUUGCGGCCUCAUGGCGUGGUAGUGGGAGAGAGUGUGGGCGUGGUUGGGAAUGAGGAUGGCGCUCACGCAGCUCCGCCUGCGCCCCCAUCUCCGCCACCACCUCCGCGGAAAUCAUCGCAUCCUCGGCCGCCAACCCAGCUUCAGCCCCAGCUUCAGCCUCAGGCGUCAAUCCCUCCUUCAUCCUCACGACACAUUGACAGCCCUCGACACAGCCAACCUCGUCCACGCACUCGCAUCACACUCGCUGCAUGGCUUUUGCUCGCCACCAUUUUCUUCCCCAUCGCCUACCUGAUCUCUCCUUUCGCCUUGGCCGCCACUGCCGACAUCGUAGAAUGGCGCCAGCAGAGCCGCGCACCUCGAUUUCCCCCUUCCAGCCAUAGCGACAUCGUCUCAUCCAGCCUGAACCACCUCCGCAGCAAGACCCGCUCCUCCCGAACCUACUACAACAAUCUCCAUUUCUCCAAACGCAUCCUCUGCAAUACCGACUACCUCAAUUGUGCCAUCCAGCCGAAUCCUCGCGAACAACCCUUCUUCGCCGACGUCGAGCGUCGGCGUACCGACACCACUUCUGGCGCUGCAUGUCCCAUCCUGCUUUGCAAAGGAGAAACCAUCCUGCCAUGUCACGCCGCCAUCUCAGACUACCUCCACCGCACCACACACGUCACCGAGCCCAUCGCCGUUCUCUGGGCCCAAUACAAUGCCAAUCUCACCCGCUACAUUAGCACCACCGAGCGCACCAUGAUGGAAUUGCGUCACGUCGUUGCGGCCCAGCCAUGGUGGCCCAUCGGCCGCGCUCAACAACUAUACGAGUCUAUAGCCGUCUCAAUGCACGACUUGGCGCGCCACCCUGAUCACGAUCAUCAUGACCAGAAAGAUGAAAUCAUACCCCUCACACUCCUCCGCUCCACAUCACCCGCCUGGUCCAUCUUCCGCCAUUUCCGCCGCACCCUCGCCAGUCUGGAACUCUACAACGAUCUCCAAAUCAACCUCUGGCAGGACCUCAUCAAACGACUCCAUCGCGACAUCGGAUCCACGAAAUGGGCCCGAGAAAUCAGGCGUCAGCUCACAAGCAGUGCGGCGCCAUGUAUGGCCGUUGUGGAGGACGUGCCCGUGUGUGGCCGGUCAGAUUUUCCUCGGGAAUGGUUCGAUCGGUGGGUUGCGAAAAAUGUAGCCCAGGCGUGCAAGUCUGUGAGUGACGAUACUAUCAGCGGCGAGGUGGUGGGAAUGGUGGAGUGUGCUUUGGCGAGAUUGAUGAGGGGUGUUGGUUUGGGAAAGCAGGAGGGCGAGAGAUGGGAUUAUGAUGACGAGGAUUAUGAUGACGAAGAAGAUAUGGAGUGGUGGAAGACCAUGCUUUCUUGCUCUUCGAUGAUGAUGAUGAUGAAGAUGCGGAAUGGCGGAAAACCAUGCAUUCUUGGUCCUCGACUUUCAUCAUGGCUGCCGCAAGCAGUCUCACAUAGCAUGAGCACCACGAUACUCAAAGCAUCCAUGGUUCCUAUAACCACGAUUCUCAUGACCACGAUUCUCAUGACCACGAUUCUCAUGACCACGAUUCUCAUCACUACGAUUCUCAUCACCACGAUUCUCAUCACUACGAUUCUCAUCACCACGAUUCUCCUAAUCACGAUCCUCAUCACCACUACUCUCAUCGUCCCGUCUUCCGCCAUCUCUACGAAAUUCCACUUCGAGCGCUCGGUAGUCUUGCUAGACUCAUAUUGCCGAACGUGGACAAGAUCCAAAAAAAAACUCCUUGCCCGCUUGACUUGCGACUCAGCCAGGCCCACUGAAGAUGGGUGUGAUCAAGAGGAGGACAUGCGAUAUGUACACUAUUUUCCUUCAUCGCCGGUUGUUUCGACUUACAUACCCAACCAGCGAGCUCUUCUAGGGCUUUCCAUAGAGAAAUGGCACGAAUGGUCUUUGUAA